UGUAGCUCUACUCAUUUUCAACACAUAUAUUAUCGCUGGCUUCACAGAACCUACAACAACUAUGGCGGAGCCCUCCUUAAGGGGUCCAGGCUCUGAAGGAGCACAUGGAGUGGUCCAGCAUGAGGACAGAGACUUUGAUCCUUCAGCAGACAUGCUUGUACAUGACUUUGAUGAUGAACGGACAUUGGAAGAAGAGGAAAAGCUGGAGGGACAGACCAACUUCAGUGCCGAAAUUAAUGACCUCACUCAAGAGGGUGAGAUGCCCAUUGAGGAGCUUCUGAAAUUGUAUGGCUACAGCACUGGUGGGUCUCCAGAGGAGGAGGAUGGAGACGUUCAAGAGGAGGAUUCUUCAGAGAAUAAUUGCUGCAGCCAUAGUAAACUCAAAGAGGACGAGAGGCAGGAGCUUUCUGAUCAAGAGGAUGGGGACGUGCAGUCGUCUGGUGAGAAGCCUCCGUCCUGCAGUGUUUCUCACAGCACAGCUCAACGCCUCUACCCUCGGCCAUCCAUUUACUUUGAAGGGGAUGAGGAAGAAUCUGAAGAUGAUGAUUAUAUUCCAUCUGAAGAUUGGAAGAAGGAGAUAAUGGUUGGUUCAAUGUAUCAAGCAAAGACUCCUGUUGGCCUUUGCAAAUAUAAGGACAAUGAAAAAGUGUACGAGAAUGAUGAUCAGCUUUUGUGGAAUCCGGAGUUAAUUCCAGAAGAAAAGGUUGUAGAGUUUUUAGCCGAGGCUUCUAAAUGCAGCGGAGAAGAGACUGGUGUCCAUGCAAUUCCUGAAGGAUCUCACAUCAAAGACAAUGAACAGGCUCUUUAUGAAUUGUUUAAAUGCAACUUAAAUGCAGAAGAAGCUUUAAGAAGACUGAAAUUUAAUGUGAAGCCUGCCAAAGGUGAGUGUGUGUGUAUGUGUAAAAGAUUAUGUUAG